AACGCUCAAAGCUUCUUUCACAAUCUCAAACGACAAGUUUCAAACGAGAAAAAAGACAAGAGAAGAGAGAGAUGUGUCCUUCUGGUAGGCUCGUGAGUUCCAUAACCACCGCAAACCCCGAUUUCCGACCAGCGUUCGAGAUCAUCGACGCCGACCGCGACGGUAAGAUAAGCAGCGACGAUCUCCGAGCAUUUUACGCCGGGAUCUCGAGAUCUUCUCCCGACAAGGACGAAGACGAGACGAUGAUGAUCGGUACGAUGAUAUCAGUGGCGGACGCGAACAAGGACGGGUUCGUUGAGUUCGACGAGUUCGAGAAAGUUCUUGAAACGGCGCCGCGUGGACGCGGAUCUUGUGACGGGUUGAUGAAAGAUGUGUUCAAGAUGAUGGAUAGGGAUGGAGAUGGGAGGUUGAGUUAUGGAGACUUGAAGAGUUACAUGGAGUCGGCUGGUUUGGCUGCUGACGAUGAUGAGAUCAAGGCUAUGAUUAGAUUGGGCGGUGGCGAUUUAAACGGCGGCGUUUCGUUCGACGGUUUGCUCAGGAUUUUUGGGUGUUGAAAAAGUUGGAAACCCGUGUUUUUUUUUAUUUCAACCACUCGUGUUUCGGGACUUUUGUCAGUAAUUCAGUUUUGUCUGUUUGCAGGGGUGUUUGUGUCCAUCCAUAUUUUUGUCUUAAUGAAUUAAAAAAAAAAAACAAAAGAUAAUUGUUGUAACAAUUCGUAUAUUCUGUGAUUUUGUGAUUUUGUGAUUCAAGAGCUCUAAUGGACGCAUUAAUAAAAAUGUUAUAGGAGUAAUAUUUGUCCAUGAGGUGCUCACAAACAUCUGCUUUAAAUGCCAAAACAUCCAAAGUUUACACAACAUUUAUCACGAUCUUCUACUUCUUAUUGUUUUCGAUGCACUUGUAGAGGAUUCACAUCU